AUGGCGGAGCACCACAUGAUGCUGGACCUGCAGGCGCGCGGCAUGCACGCCGCGUCGCUGCCGUUCCAAGCGCACCACCCCGCCGCCCUCGCCCACGUACACCCGCACCACCUCCAGCCGCCGCUGCCGCCGCCGCCGCAGGGCCUUCAGCAUCAGCUGUCGCAGCAGCACGCUCCGCCACAUGCGCUCCCGUCGCAGCACCCGUCGCACCCGUCGCAACACCCGUCGCAGCAGCACCAGGCCCAGCAACACCGCGCACUGCAGCACCAACCCCCGCAGCAGCAGCAGCAGCAACAGCAGCAGCAAGGCCUUGGCAUGGGUAUAGCGCAGCCAGGAAUGUCCCAGCAUCAAGCGCCACGUCAUCAUCACCUCGCGCUCGUGCAACACCCCAGCGGAGCUGACGUGGAGGUGGGCAUGGAUGACGUGGACGUGGCGGAGGGUGAGGAGGGCAUUAUGGACGACGGCGACGACGACGACGGCGGCGAGCACGGCGGCGCGGGGUCGGGCGAGCACGACCACGACGGCGCCAUGGCCGCCGGCGACGGCGGAAUGGGCGGCGCGAUGCGCGGCGGCGGGCCGAACAUGCUGUCGCUGUCGUACCACGGCGAGGUGUACGUCUUCGACUGCGUUCCGCCCGAAAAGGUGCAGGCGGUGCUGCUGCUGCUGGGCGGCAGGGAGGUGCCGCCAUCCAUGGCGGGCAGUGUGCCCCAGCACCACUUCAAGCAUGUGGGGGGGGGAGUGGGGGGCGACCUGCCAGUGCGGCUGAACCAGCCGCAGCGCCUGGCGUCGCUCAACCGCUUCCGGGAGAAGCGCAAGGAGCGCAACUUCGACAAGAAGAUCCGCUACAGCGUGCGCAAGGAGGUGGCUCAGCGGAUGUGUCGCAAGAAGGGGCAGUUCGCGUCCAACCGAGGGGGCGGUGCCUUCUUUGAGGAUGCGCCGCCCGACAUGGGGGAGAGCGCCGCCCACGACCGCCCCGAUGCCGCCCCCGAAGCCAUCUGCCAGCACUGCGGCACGGGGGAGAAGGCCACUCCCAUGAUGCGCCGCGGGCCGCAGGGGCCGCGCACUCUCUGCAACGCAUGCGGGCUCAUGUGGGCCAACAAGGGUGUGCUGCGGGAUCUCAGCAAGGGCCCGCCCGCCAUCCCCGUGCUCUCGCAGCUGGCAUCUGCGCCACAAGGGGUGCAACCCGGGGCAGCCGGGGCGGCAGCAGGGGCAGCAGGCGGCGGUGCACUUGCAGCGAUGCAUGGCAUGGCAGCAGGCAAGGGAGUAGGCACUGAGGCGGAGGCAGAGGCAGGGACGGGACCAGGCUUUCAACAGCAAGCGCAGCAGCAGGUGGAGCAACAGGAGCAGAGCGAGCAGGCAGCACAGCAGCAGCCGCACUUCUUGCAACAGGCCCCUGCGAGCACCAGUGUGCCACCUGACGCCACGGAGGUGGGGUUCCCGGUGCAGCCCGCCCGCCUGCCCUCGCAGCACCUGCAGCACCUGCACCACCUGGGCAUGGGCGCACAGCAAACCGCGGAGGACAUGGCACCGCCGCAGCCGCAGCAGCAGGAGGGGGAGGGGGAGGGGGAGGAGCAGCAUGAUCAAAAGGGCCAGGAGCAGGUGACACAUGAGCAGGCGUUGUCUGAAAGGGAUGGGCAUGAGCAGCAGGAGGAGGGGGAGGAGGAGGGCGAGCAGGGAGGGGAGGGGCAGAGACGGGUGAAGAGGAGGCGAGAGGAGCAAGGGGAGGGAGCGGGUGACGCUGAUGGGGAGGAAGGGGGGGUGGAGGGACGCACUGGGGGCGGUGAGGUGGAGGGACGCACUGGGGGCGGUGGGGUGGAGGGCGGGGCGAGAGGGGAUGAGGAAGGGGGAGGCGGGGAUGGGGAGGGUGGAAUGGAGCAGAGUGCGUUUGGCAUGGGAGGGCCUGAGAGGAGCCGUGGGGAUGGGCGGGGAGGGGCGGGAGAGUGGGUCAGGGAGGGGGAUGGGGAGGGGGGUGGAGAGGGGGAGGGAAGGGAAGCGAGAGGUUCAGCAGAAGCAGAGGGGGAUGAGGAGGUGGAGGGGGGUCGGCAGAGGGGAGGAGGUGAAGGGUCGGAGGAGGGUGAUAGAAGCGAGGGCGAGGGAAGGGUGGAGAGUCCCAGUUGA